AUUUGCUGGCCCUCCAGUCUCGUUUGUGAGCCGGAUGCGAAUCCAAUAAUGUCCGAUUUGGGACAACUGCUACCACCACCACGUACACCAAGUUUGGCUCGAAGAAUUCGAAUCAGUUUGGAACAUCAUUUGUUGUCCUGUAGCAAUCUGCUGGAUCAAGUGGCCCAUGUGGACCCAACACCAAGUGACCAAGUAGUUCUUGAAGUCAAAAACGCAGAACCAAAGCCAAUGGAGGACUCCGUUGUGUGUUCCGCGCCCGAUUCAGACACUCGAUACCCGGUAUUUGUGCGAUUCAAGACGAAAAUGGCUGCAUGUCAGUUAAUUGAGUUUAUUAAGCAGUCAUGUAUAGAGGAUGGAUCACAGAAACCGGUUCUGAGUUGCGUGAGAGCCCGCCUUUUGUCCAGUAAAAGUGAGGUAGCCUACUGUCGUGCUGUCGCGGCCUCGCUGGUUGGGUCCCAUGAACGAAGGCGUAGAAUACAGCAGAACCGACGUCAGCGCAUGCGAAAUCAGAAGGAUGGUAAAGGAUCCACCGAAGUCGAACCGAUGGAUUCUUCUAGCUCUACCGUGUCCAGUCGUAUUACCAGUUUCGGUGGGGAUAAUAGCGCUGGUUCCGCUUCCACGUCCAAACAUAUCAUUUUCGAUGCAUAA